AUGGAGAUGCUGGAAGACGUAGAGAUGCUGGAAGACGUAGAGAUGCUGGAAGACGUAAAGAUGUUGGAAGACGUGGAGAUGUUGGAAGACGUGGAGAUGUUGGAAGACACAGAGAUGCUGGAAGACGAGCAGAUGCUGGAAGCCCUGGAGAUGCUGGAAGACCUGGAGGUGUAGGAAGACGAGGAUUUUCUGGAAGACACACCUUCGUUGGAAGACAAGGAUUUCCUGGAAGACAUGGCUUUGUUGGAAGACAAGGAUUUCCUGGAAGGCGCACCUUCAUUGGAAGACAGGGAUUUUCUGGAAGACAUGGAUUUCCUGGAAGACGAGGAUUUUCUGGAAGACGUGGAUUUCCUGGAAGGCGCACCUUCAUCGGAAGACGAAGAUUUUCUGGAAGACGUGGAUUUCCUGGAAGCCAUGGAUUUGAUGGAAGACAUGGAUUUCCUGGAAGACAUGGCUUUUCUGGAAGACAUGGAUUUUCAGGAAGACCCGAAUUGUCCGGAAGACCUGGAUUAUUUGGAAGACGUAGAUUUGCUGGAAGACCUGGACACAUGGAUUGACUGGAAGACUUGCAUUUUUCUGGAAGACAUAAAUUAGCUGGAAGAUUUGGAUUUGGUGGAAGACAAAGAUUUUCUGGAAGACAUGGGUUGGCUGGAAGACCUUGAAAUUAUUUACUGGAAGACAUGGAUUGACUGGAAGUCGUGGAUUUUCUGGAAGACUGGUUUAGCUGGAAGACCUUGA